AUGGCCUACAUUGCCAAGUCCUUCUACGAUCUCAGUGCUGUCAGCCUGGAUGGGGACAAGAUAGACUUCAACACGUUCCGCGGCAGGGCAGUGCUGAUUGAGAAUGUGGCCUCGCUCUGAGGUACAACCACCCGGGACUUCACCCAGCUCAAUGAGCUGCAAUGCCGCUUUCCCAGGCGCCUGGUGGUUCUUGGCUUCCCUUCCAACCAAUUUGGACAUCAGGAAAACUGUCAGAAUGAGGAGAUCCUGAACAGUCUCAAGUAUGUCCGCCCUGGAGGUGGCUUCCAGCCCACAUUUACCCUUGUCCAAAAGUGUGAGGUGAAUGGUCAGAACGAGCAUCCGGUCUUCGCCUACUUGAAGGACAAGCUCCCCUACCCUCAUGAUGACCCAUUUUCCCUCAUGACCGAUCCCAAGUUCCUCAUUUGGAGCCCCGUGCGCCGCUCAGAUGUGGCCUGGAACUUUGAGAAGUUCCUUAUAGGGCCAGAGGGGGAGCCGUUCCGCCGCUACAGCCGUACCUUCCCCACCAUCAACAUUGAGCCUGACAUCAAGCGCCUCCUCAAAGUUGCCAUAUAG